AUGGGGCUGGCCGUAAACGGGAAGGGCCCUUCCCGGUUCAUGGCCGCGCUGACGACCAAUUGCACGAGCCCCCUGAAGACGUCAGUCAUGGGCAUGAAAGCUGGGAAGAGGAAGUUCAUCAAGGACAGCAGAGACCAGCCCUUUUCCAAGCGGCUGCGCUUCAGCAUGCGGCAGAGGGAUAGUGCCUACAGGUACUGGGACAUAGUGGUCCGGAAGCAGGAUGGCUUUACCCACAUCCUGCUGUCCAGCAAGUCGUCUUAG